CGUAGGUUGCGGUUGUUUGGACAACCAAAGCAGGCUAAGUGGCGAAUUGGACAAUAGUACGCUAAAUGGCUCACUAGUCUGUUGUAUGUUUAUAACAAGAACUGUUAUGUUCCCUGUUUAGGCUAACAUGAUGGUGGCAAGGCUAACGUGCUUAAGGAGCCUCCCCCUCGUCGGGCUGCGUCCUGUGCUGUCAAACUCGGCUGCCCUGAGAUCCACCCUGAAGCAAUGUCCCACCAUGCUCAGGCCCCAGCAGGGGUUUUCCAAUAAAGCCAAAUUUGGUUUCCGCCGUGGAAGGACAGCCAAAGACCAAAUCAAGGAGGCUGUGUUUGAACCAGCCACAGAAACUGCCAUGAAAAUUGACAGCAUGGGAAGAAUGAUUGUCGCUGGAGGUGCUGCAGUGGGACUGGGAGCUCUAUGCUACUACGGCUUGGGCAUGUCCAACGAGAUUGGCGCUAUUACGAAAGCAGCGAUCUGGCCUCAGUAUGUGAUGGACAGGAUCCAUUCCACUUACAUGUACUUCGCAGGCAGUGUUGGACUGACGGCGCUCUCAGCGGUCGCAGUGAGUCGGACCCCGGCGCUCCUUGGACUCAUGAUGAGAGGAUCCUGGCUGGCUAUAGGAGCCACUUUUGCAGCCAUGAUCGGCGCCGGCAUCCUGGUCAGGUCCAUUUCAUACGAGCACAGCCCCGUCCCCAAGCAUCUGGCCUGGAUGCUGCAUGCAGGCGUGAUGGGCGCUGUCAUCGCUCCCCUCACUCUCCUGGGAGGACCCCUAAUGAUGAAGGCCGCUUGGUACACGGCAGGCAUCGUGGGGGGGCUGUCCACUGUGGCCAUGUGCGCCCCCAGCGAGAAGUUCCUCAACAUGGGGGGUCCACUGGCUGUGGGCUUUGGAGUGGUCUUUGCCUCCUCUAUCGGCUCCAUGUUCCUCCCGCCCACCUCGGCGUUCGGAGCCGGCCUGUACUCGGUGGCCAUCUACGGCGGCCUGGUCCUCUUCAGCAUGUUCCUCCUCUACGACACCCAGAAGGUCGUCAAGAGGGCGGAGACGCACCCACUCUACGGCGUGCAGAAAUACGACCCCAUUAAUGCGUGUAUGGGAAUCUACAUGGACACACUCAACAUCUUCAUGAGGAUGGUGAUGAUUCUGAGUGGCGGCGGCAACAGAAGGAAGUGAACACCUGGACUCUUUCCC